GUAAUUUGUGGUGUUCCAAACAAACUAAAGCGAAACGUGCGUUGUGAGUAGAAAUAAUGGUAAUCCGGCUUAAUUAGUCAAGUCAAUAAAGGGGGAAAAAAAUUCCAACACAAGUUCUAUACUAAAGUGCAGAGAGCAUGAGCUAGCAUCUAUAUAUGCUAUGAUAGACUUAAGGAAAGUGUGUCUGGUCAUUGUGUUGUACAUGCAUACAGAUAGUAUGAGGAGCGCACUGGUAUGGAUUUUUACCUUGAACGUUUGCCUUCACAUUUUAUUUAUUCCUGGUGGUGACUCAAAGCCGCAUCCGCGUUUCAGAGAGAAAAUCACUGAGGAUUACAAUCGCGGAUUUAUAAGCAUUGACUGUGGAGCAAGUAACGAUUACUUGGACGAGGAAACAAGUACAUUUUAUAAGACAGACACAGAUUUCAUAGAAACGGGAGAAAACUUGUUGGCGUCUUCCCAAUUUAUUGACAUAAAUAUCCCUGGUUUUGGAAGACAACUACGCACAUUGAGAAGCUUCCCUGAGGGAAAUAGGAACUGUUAUACUCUGAAGCCCGAGUAUAAGCAAGGUGAACAGCAAAGUUAUCUGAUUCGGGCUAUGUUCGGAUAUGGAAACUACGAUGGAAAAAAUCAUCCCCCUACGUUCGAUCUCUAUCUUGGGGUCUACUACUGGAUAAAUGUUAACCCGGCAAAAUAUUCCUAUCUUUGGACCGAGAUUAUUCAUGCUCCCACAACAGACACCAUACAAGUGUGUCUGGUUAAUAUUGACACUGGUACACCUUUCAUUUCGUCAUUAGAGUUACGACCUUUAAGCACUUCCAUUUACCAAAUCAUGUCACAAUCAUAUCUACACCUCUGGGGGCGGUUUGAUGUCGGUGGCCCUGUUGAAACCUAUUAUAAAAGGUACAAGGACGAUAUCUACGAUCGCAGGUGGUACUCGCCCGAUGUUAAAGAUUGGUAUAAGAUCAAUACAACCAUAGAUGUUAAUAAAUCUGGCAAUGAUAUUUAUAAAGUACCAGCUGAAGUCUUGAAAACCGCAGUGCAGUCCUUCAAUCGCUCAUAUGACUUGUACUAUGACUAUGAAAUUGAAUGGAAUGUUCACUUGAACAAGUAUUCCAGAUAUUAUGUCUACUUUCACUUUGCUGAAAUUCAAAAGCUUGCUCCAGGGCUCAGAAGGAUAAUCAACAUCACUCUCAAUGAUGAAAACAUACUCUCUGAGCCUAUAACUCUCGAAUAUAUGAAGCCUGUCACUAUUAGUAACAAAAAUGCAACUCAAGGUUUCGUUCGCUUUUCAAUUAGAGCAACUGCAGAAUCGGAUGCUCCCCCAAUUCUCAAUGCUUUUGAAGUUUAUGAAUUAAUAACAGAUCUAAAUUCACCAACAGAUAUUAAAGAUGUUGAUGCCAUGGAGAACAUCAAACGCUACUAUGGGAUAUCCAGAAUAGAUUGGCAAGGGGACCCAUGUCUUCCAGAAAAGUUCAGAUGGAGUGGCCUGGACUGCAGCUACGGCAUCAAUCCUAGAAUCAUAUCAUUGAACCUUAGCUCAAGCAAACUAGGAGGGCAGAUAGCCGCUUCAGUCUCAGAUCUUUCAGAACUACAGUCCCUGGAUGUCUCAGAUAACAGUUUAAAUGGUUUUGUGCCCGAGUCAUUAUCUCAACUUGAGUACCUGAGGAUUUUAAAUAUAGGAGGGAAUAAGCUAUCGGGGUCAAUUCCUGCAAAACUAAUUGAGAGAUCAAAGAAUGGGUCACUAAUAUUAAGUGUUGAUGGAAAUCAAAAUCUUUGCACCUCGACUCCAUGCCACAAGAGAAACAGGGUUGUAAUUCCGUUGGUAGCAACACUUGCGGGAGCCUUCAUCCUUUUGGCAGUAUCAUUAUUUGUUUUUAGAAGAGUACAAGUUGUUGUGAGUAUGAAGAAGUUGAAGUUUUCCAACAAAAUGGAAUAUGUAGACUCGAAGAAACAAGAGUUCAGCUACUCAGAGGUUCAAAUGAUUACGAAUAAUUUUGAGAGGGUUGUGGGUAAAGGAGGAUUUGGAACUGUCUACUAUGGUUGCAUAGGUGAAACACGAGUAGCCGUGAAGAUGCUCUCUCAUUCAACUCAAGGUGUUCGGCAAUUUCAGACAGAGGCAAAUAUUCUCACAAGAGUACACCAUAGAUGCUUUACUCCACUUAUUGGAUAUUGCAAUGAAGGCACCAGAACAGCACUCAUCUAUGAAUACAUGACCAACGGAGACCUAGCUGAGAAGCUAUCAGGUGAAAGUCAAACAUUCUUAGGUUGGGAACAGAGAUUUCAAAUUGCUUUGGAUUCCACAAUAGGCUUGGAGUACCUUCAUAAUGGUUGCAAGCCCCCAAUUAUUCACAGAGAUGUUAAGACUAGAAAUAUUUUACUCGACGAGAAUCUCCGCGCCAAAAUAUCUGAUUUUGGAUUGUCAAGAAUCUUUUCAGAUGAUGGUGACACCCAUAUAUCAACAGCAAUUAUUGCAGGCACCCCAGGAUAACUAUAUUACUUUUGUUCUUCUGUUGAUCACCAUCUGGCUGCUUGUUAUUUGUCUGCUGGAUGCACGGAUCAGAUUCACAUAGAUUUGGAUUUUGAUCCAGGCUAGCAUCAUUCAUACAAGAAUAAAAUCAGAGAAAUAGUUGCAUUUACUAUCACAUAUUUGUUCCAGCUAUCAAUAACUUUUGCUGGUACUUCUUAUUUAAAGUUUCUAAGAAAAUAAUUUUGCGAAGAUGAGUGAAGAAAUUGCAAUGUUAAUAAUCUGAAUUCAAGUUCAUUCUGCAUUAAUAUAAGAUCAGGGGAAAGAAAAAAACUCAAAUGAUUAA